GUGUGUGUACGUACAUAGGUGUUUGUGUGUGGUGAACAUCUUUAAUGACACAGUUAUACACAAGCAUACUGUCUGUUACAUAUUGCAAGCAUUGUUUAAAACAAACCAUUGGAUUUCUCUCCUGUCUUUGUUCAUUAGCAAAGAGGUGGCAAAUCUUUUAAAGAAAUGUUUAACUUUGUGGAAUAUAUGGGAGUUACAGGAGUGGUUUUUGCAACUUCAUAGUCCCUUGGUGUGGUUUUGUGCCACAGCCCUUGACUCCUAUAGAUAAUCUUUGUCAACAUACUCACCUGAGGCUGUUUAAUUUCAGUGGCCUUUUGAGCUAUGAAAAUAGAUCAGAUUUAAGUCUUUAUCUGCAUCUCUGAUUGUUACCAAAGCUAAUUCUGAAAUCAGCUUUAGGUUCCAUGGGUGUUAAAUACAAUCUAACCAAGUAUUUACUGUGCAAAGGCUGUUUUCAAAAGGUGCAAGGCUGAGGCAUCUAAUCCAUUAUCAGAGGGGCAGAUACUUAUAUCCUAGAAGUUCUUGGUAGUGUAAAUUCCUCUGGAAUAAAGCAGACAUUUGCCCAAAACGUUUGUUGUAGGGCAGCAAUAGACAAAUAUCGUAAGAGCUGCUUUAACCACUAUUUGUUGCUAGUCAGUUGUUUUCCAGAUUAUAGAUCACCCCAUCUAACGUAUUAAUGCUAAGCAUUCCUUUUGAAAUACAGUUCUCUCCCAAGGCUCUACAUCAAAUCCAGAAGCAGUUUACUGAAGGUAAAACUGAUCAGUGCUUCAUCAUGUGUGUUAAACGUGUAUGUGUGCUGGCACUUGGGGAAGAAGGGACAUGGGUGACAAACUGUUCAGUACCUGUUAUGUUAUUCUCAUCUCUUUAGAUCUGCCUAAGGUGUCAGUUUAUUCAGGAAAAACCAUCAGGGAGCAUCUGCUUCAUUUGGUUUUAAUGAUUUCUUUGGCUACUAAAUGAAGGGAAGCUUCCAAGUGAUUGUUCUCCCUAAAGGAAAGAAGUUGUAGGAAGACCAACUUUUGACUUCCAAGCUGUGCAGCUGUUGCAGAAAAGGGAGACUGUUUUUUUCCUCCCUCUGGCUAAUGAAGAUAUUCUCGUAGGGAACCAAGAGUUCACCUCAGUUUAAUGUUGUAAUUCUUUUUAAAAGGCAAGUUCCAUUUUAGUAUCUCCUGAUCUUACUUUCAUCUCUGAAAUUCACGGUAUGGCCAAAAUCAAGAUGGGAUUUUGCACAGUGUAACAUACCAGCUGAAGACCUACAGAAAUGUAAGAAGAAGGGAAUUGCUGCACCACAACAGCGAAGCAAGAUGGUCAGUGGAGCUACAGGAACAAGAGAUAACAGAAGGCAAGCAGAUGCCCAUAUGUGCCAGGAAGAUGCCACAUCACCUGGGCUUCAUGGAGAGAGUGCCUCUGCGUUGCACAGUGCAGCUUUCCCUCCUCGGCCUCCAGCACGGAGAAAACGAUACACAAUCACCCCAGGACACUUGAAAUGGGACCACUUCAACUUGACAUAUAAAAUCCUGUCCUUCCCAAGAAACCUCAUAAACGCCAGGGACACACGCAGGGGACUGGCGGCUGCUUUCCGAAUGUGGAGUGAAGUUUCACCCUUCAGCUUCAGAGAGGUGCCACGCCACGUGGAGAGUGACUUGAAAAUAGGCUUCUACUCUAUCAACCACACGGACUGUCUGGAGUCCCUCAUUCACCACUGCUUUGAUGGCACAACGGGGGAGCUUGCCCAUGCCUUCUUCCCACCCAACGGGGAAAUCCACUUUGAUGACCACGAAUACUGGAUAUUGGGGAACACCCGCUUCAGCUGGAAAAAAGGUGUUUGGCUUACGGAUCUGGUGCAUGUAGCAGCACAUGAAAUAGGACAUGCCUUGGGUCUCAUGCACUCCCUGAACCCCAAUGCCCUCAUGCACAUCAAUGCCACGUUGACUGGGAAAAAGACCAUCUCUCAGGAUGAAGUUUGGGGAAUUCACAGGCUUUAUGGAUGUAAAGACAGAUUAUUUAUGUGCCCAUCGUGGGCACAAAAAGGAUUUUGUGAGAAGCGCAGGAAGUUGAUGAAAAAGCACUGUCCAUCUACUUGUGACUUCUGCUAUGAAUUCCCAUUUCCAACAGUCCCCCCCACUCUGCCCCCCCCAAGGACAAAAACCAAGACUGUUUCUGAAGGCAGGAACGUCACCUUCCGCUGUGGACAGAAGAUCAUUCAUAAGAAAGGCAAAGUUUACUGGUAUAAAGAUAAGGAGCUUCUGGAAUACUCAUAUCCAGGUUACUUAUCCUUAAAUGAAGAUCACAUGAGCAUCAUUGCAAAUGCAAUUAAUGAAGGAACUUACACUUGCAUAGUAAAGAAGAAAGAAAGAAUCUUGACUACUUAUUCCUGGAGGAUCAGACUGAAGCAUUAACAGAGGACUGAGAGCUUCAAUUCUGCUUGUUCUGUUUCAAAUUCAGAACAUUUCUUUGGCAUUUUAUAUUUAAUCUCCAGUUGUGCAAUUGAAAUUCUACAUCAGCUGCUUCCAUACCUUGGGCAAAAGAGACUCGAUUACUGGAAUGUAAAACUUUUCCAAAUUACUUUUAAUGAUAAAGAAUUUAUCAAGUAUGUGCUGUACAGAGAAUUAAAAGAGUUGUUUUUUA